GCCCGCCCGGGCUGGCUCCCUGGGGGCCCCCGCCGCAGCUCAAUUUGGCCCACCUCCAGGCUCCCGGGUAUUCCAGGUCUCCGGGACCCCACCCUCUCCCCGGUGCCGGGGCGCGCGAGCCCCCUCCCAGGCACCCCAGUGCCUCCCUGUGCUCUACAGACCGGGAGUUUCCGCCUGGGCUCCCCCAGGUCCCCUUGUCAUCCCCUGGGUUUCCCUCAGAUCCUAACCCCUACACGCACACACUCCCCCCUUGCUAGAGGUUCCACCUCUGAGCUUUCUCCUUGGCAGCUUUCAUUUCGUUUUCAGAGGUUUCCCCUGUUCUCUUCUCCUGGGCUCCUGGCCCCGGGACCCCUCCCUCCUUUUGAUCAGGCGGGAAUAGUGCCCUGACUUGGGGGGCAGGAUCCCUGGCCAAGAUCUUGGGCCCCCCGUGUGAACAGGGGUUCCUAGGAAGAAUGGUUCAGGGUCCGAGACUCCAGGCCCUGCCCACGUCCUGUGCAUCCAUAUGAGUCUGAGAACCAGAUCUGAUGCGGUCCAGGCUGGGGAUCCAGCAAAGUUGGUUACCAGGCUGAAGGAGCAUGGCCGAGGGAGGCAGCUUCCAUGGAGCGAGAGGAAUGCCAGGACCCUGCCCAGACAGACGUGGGCCAGCCUCAGCACCGACAGCCAGCACGCAGAUAGCAGAACCAUCCACGGGGUUGAACCAUGAUUCCAGUGACAGAGCUCCGCUACUUUGCGGACACGCAGCCAGCCUACCGGAUCCUGAAGCCAUGGUGGGACGUGUUCACCGACUACAUCUCCAUUGUCAUGCUGAUGAUCGCGGUCUUUGGGGGCACACUGCAGGUCACCCAGGACAAGAUGAUCUGCCUGCCUUGUAAGUGGGUCACCAAGGACUCCUGCAACGACUCAUUCCGGGGCUGGGCAGCCCCUGGCCCAGAGCCCACCUACCCCAACUCCACGGUCCUGCCGACCCCCGGCGCAGGCCCCACGGGCAUCAAGUACGACCUGGACCGGCACCAGUACAACUACGUGGACGCCGUGUGCUACGAGAACCGCCUGCACUGGUUCGCCAAGUACUUCCCCUACCUGGUGCUCCUGCACACGCUCAUCUUCCUGGCCUGCAGCAACUUCUGGUUCAAGUUUCCGCGCACGAGCUCGAAGCUGGAGCACUUCGUGUCUAUCCUGCUCAAGUGCUUCGACUCGCCUUGGACCACACGCGCCCUGUCCGAGACGGUGGUGGAAGAGAGCGACCCCAAGCCGGCCUUCAGCAAGAUGAACGGCUCCAUGGACAAGAAGUCGUCGACGGUCAGCGAAGACGUGGAGGCCACCGUGCCCAUGCUGCAGCGGACCAAGUCCCGGAUCGAGCAGGGCAUCGUGGACCGCUCGGAGACGGGCGUGCUGGACAAGAAGGAGGGCGAGCAGGCCAAGGCGCUGUUCGAGAAGGUGAAGAAGUUCCGCACCCACGUGGAGGAGGGGGACAUCGUGUACCGCCUCUACAUGCGGCAGACCAUCAUCAAGGUGGUCAAGUUCAUCCUCAUCAUCUGCUACACCGUCUACUACGUGCACAACAUCAAGUUCGACGUGGACUGCACCGUGGACAUCGAGAGCCUGACGGGCUACCGCACCUACCGCUGUGCCCACCCGCUGGCCACGCUCUUCAAGAUCCUGGCGUCCUUCUACAUCAGCCUGGUCAUCUUCUACGGCCUCAUCUGCAUGUACACGCUGUGGUGGAUGCUGCGGCGCUCCCUCAAGAAGUACUCGUUCGAGUCCAUCCGCGAGGAGAGCAGCUACAGCGACAUCCCCGACGUCAAGAACGACUUCGCCUUCAUGCUCCACCUCAUCGACCAGUACGACCCGCUCUACUCGAAGCGCUUCGCCGUCUUCCUGUCGGAGGUGAGCGAGAACAAGCUGCGGCAGCUGAACCUCAACAACGAGUGGACGCUGGACAAGCUGCGGCAGCGGCUCACCAAGAACGCGCAGGACAAGCUGGAGCUGCACCUGUUCAUGCUCAGCGGCAUCCCCGACACCGUGUUCGACCUGGUGGAGCUGGAGGUGCUGAAGCUGGAGCUGAUCCCGGACGUGACCAUCCCGCCCAGCAUCGCCCAGCUCACGGGCCUCAAGGAGCUGUGGCUGUACCACACGGCGGCCAAGAUCGAGGCGCCCGCCCUGGCCUUCCUGCGCGAGAACCUGCGGGCCCUGCACAUCAAGUUCACGGACAUCAAGGAGAUCCCGCUGUGGAUCUACAGCCUGAAGACCCUGGAGGAGCUGCACCUGACGGGCAACCUGAGCGCGGAGAACAACCGCUACAUCGUCAUCGACGGGCUGCGCGAGCUCAAGCGCCUCAAGGUGCUGCGGCUCAAGAGCAACCUGAGCAAGCUGCCGCAGGUGGUCACCGACGUGGGCGUGCACCUGCAGAAGCUGUCCAUCAACAACGAGGGCACCAAGCUCAUCGUCCUCAACAGCCUCAAGAAGAUGGUGAACCUGACCGAGCUGGAGCUGAUCCGCUGCGACCUGGAGCGGAUCCCACACUCCAUCUUCAGCCUCCACAACCUGCAGGAGAUCGACCUCAAGGACAACAACCUCAAGACCAUCGAGGAGAUCAUCAGCUUCCAGCACCUGCACCGCCUCACCUGCCUUAAGCUGUGGUACAACCACAUCGCCUACAUCCCCAUCCAGAUCGGCAACCUCACCAACCUCGAGCGCCUCUAUCUGAACCGCAACAAGAUCGAGAAGAUCCCCACCCAGCUCUUCUACUGCCGCAAGCUGCGCUACCUGGACCUCAGCCACAACAACCUGACCUUCCUCCCCGCCGAUAUCGGCCUCCUGCAGAACCUCCAGAACUUGGCGGUCACGGCCAACCGGAUCGAGGCACUGCCCCCGGAACUCUUCCAGUGCCGGAAGCUGCGGGCGCUGCACCUGGGCAACAACGUUCUGCAGUCACUGCCCUCCAGGGUGGGCGAGCUGACCAACCUGACCCAGAUCGAGCUGCGGGGCAACCGGCUGGAGUGUCUGCCCGUGGAGCUGGGCGAGUGCCCGCUGCUCAAGCGCAGCGGCCUGGUGGUGGAGGAGGACCUGUUCAACACGUUGCCGCCCGAGGUGAAGGAGCGGCUGUGGAGGGCUGACAAGGAGCAGGCCUGAGCGCUGGCGGACGGCUGAGCACGGGGCCACCGAGGCGCCCUGGGACCCAGGGACCCAGGCACCCAGGGACAACCAGCCAGGUCUCAGCCAGGCCAGGAGCCCGGGGCUGGACGUCGGCUGGGCUGCAGCGACAGGACAGUACCUGAGGGGCUGGCCCCUUUUCUCCUUCGAGACUCAUGCCCCCCAGGGCGGGCGCCUUGUCGGGGAGAUCAGAGACCUAAGUCGUAGAGCGCAGUAUUUGGACAAUCAGGGCCUCUUCCCUGGAGGCCAUCUCUGCCGCCAGAGGCCCAGGGACACCUACUUAGCUCUUGGUAUUUAUUUUUCGCCACUUCCCACCCCUCCCUCCGGAUAACUUCUACAUUCCCAAGAAAGUCCAGCUCAGAUGGGGGAGGUGUUGAAGGAAGGGUGGGCAGUGUCCCUUUUUCUUUUUUUUGGUGAUGCCACCGGCGGUACCCACCCAGACUUGAGCAGAGUGGUCCAGGGAGAACCAGCCGUGGAUAGUCGCCCCCCCCCCCACCCUUGGUGCGGGGGACGGGCUCUGGCGGUAUGGCCCAGGGGACGGUAGGCCGCGGGUAGAAAGGCCAGGCCUGGGGCUUGCCUCAUCAGUUUUAGAUUUUUUUUUUUUUUAAGUAAAAAAAAAAAAAAAAAGAAAAAAAAAGAAAUUUUUUUUUUUUAAAGCUUUGAAAAUUGAUGGUUUGGGUAUUAAAAAGAAAAAAACUAAAAAAAAAAAAAAAAGACAGUGAAGGCCAGUGAGUUGGGGUCUCAGGGUAGGUAGGCAGCUUCAGAGCAGAGCAGCAAGACACAGAAUUGUAUUUCCUCCCCCCCGGGUGCAGGCUGCCGAAUGUCUUCCGAGUCUGGCGCGACCUCGGUCCAGGAGUUCUGUUUGUUCCUCUCCUCUCCCAGGACGGGGAAUUUUGUUUUGUUUUGUUUUGUUUUUUGGUGUCUUGUUUUCUUUCUCCUCCAUGUGUCUUGGCAGGCACUCAUUUCUGUGGCUGUUGGCCAGAGGGAAUGUUCUAGAGCUGCCAAGAAAGGAGGAGACUCGGGUUGGCCAGUCCCCGGAUGAACGGUGCUCCAUCGUCCCGUCCCUCGUCUCAGUGUUAAAGAGCCAGGAGGAGCUACCUCGCCCGGACUCUGCUUUCCCACCUCACGUGUCACGACUUUGCCCAGUGCCACCACUAGCCUCAGCUGCUGACAUCAGCCCUGUCACCACCUGGUCCUAAAGAAGAGACACUUGGAGGCGGGGUCGUGGGUGGGGAGGUCGCUGCUGGGAGGGUGGGCUCCCCAGGUCUUAGUUCCAGUUUCUGUCCCGGGCGCCUGGCACACCCAGCCCCCUCAGCACCUGGUUGCUGGAAGCCACCUCACUUUAGAUCAGUCACCGGGGUCCCCGCGUUAGAAGGGUCCCCCCCCUUAGAUCAAUCACUUGGACACUAAGGCACGUUUUAGCGUCUCUUGUCUUUAAUGAUUACGUCCAUUUGUCUGUCCAUUUGUGUUUCCUGCGUCAUAUCGGCGGAUGUAAUCCUCAGAAAUAAUGCACACUAGCCUUUGACGACCAUGAAGCAAUCCGUUACAUGAGGGUCUGAACUUGUAGACUCGGUUCAAAUAUCAAAUAAAUCUAUAACAGAAAGUA